AUGACCAUCUUCUACCUCUCGGGCAAGGCCACCCUCGACGGAGUCACCGACGUCCAGCCCGUCAACGACCCCCAGGACAAGUUCGAGUACACCUUCCGCAUCGAGUGCACCCGCUGCCGCAACGUCCACGACAAGCCCGUCACCAUCAACACCUACGAAAAGCACGAGAUCGGCGGCCUGCGCGGCGAGGCGCUGUUUGUGUUCCGGUGCAAAGAGUGCAAGAGCGAACUGAGCGCCAACGUCGCCGCCACCAAGACCACCAUUGCCGAGCUGGACCAGUGGGCGCGGUUGCUUGAGAUCGAUGCCCGCGGUUUGGAAGUAGUGGAGUUUAUUCCCGAAGGGAAGUUUCAGGCGGUGGGCGCCGAGCUGAGUACCAAGUUUAACGAGGUCGAUUUGGAAGAAGGCGAGUGGUACGACUACGACGAAAAACAGGGCGCUGAAGUCAGUAUUACUGAGGUUGAAUGGAAAGUCGAAAGGCAAUGA